GGGGGGGACGUCCGACGCGGGUUUCGAGGUUAUAAACAUGUAAACUCUGAGAAACAUUGGUUUAGAAGUGUUAUUGAGAGUUUACCGGGAUUGUUGUGAAGGGACAAUGAGUGAUGUGAAGGGAAGACUGAAGAAAUCAGUGUCCAGGGAUGAGGUAUCAAGCACUAACUCCAGUACGUCGUCGUUUUCGUCUGAUGAGGGCAGUGACAGCGAUGGUGACUUGAAGCCCAUCAAGGACUACUUAGACAAUCGUACAGAAGUGGCAAAACAAUUAUUUAAAUCCGUGAAAAUUGAAAAACUCAGGAUGAUGUUGCCACAGGUUCUCAAGAAAAUGGAGCUGAGAGAAUUGGAGGAGUGGUGUGCGAGCGAGUUGUGUGGUAUGUCAAAAGCCCGAAUACUAUCAAUAUUGAAUGCUACCCCAAUGUCAGGUUCCUCCGAUACAAGUGAUUCCGAUGAUUCCGGUCCUUCAUUGGAGAUCAUAUCAGACACAGAAGAGUGGCUCACUGAUGACGAUACCAACGUCAAGCAGGAGCCCCUGUCGCCUGGCUCAAAAUCAAAAAAAUUGAAAAAGCGCAAAAGCAAACCUCCAGGUAAGCAACCUCCGGAGAAAGACAAACCCCGUAAAGGGAAAACUCGUGCUCAAGAGCCUGAAAAUAUCAAGAUAAAAAAAGAGAAGAAUGAACCUCCAAAGCAAGAAGGAGAGAGCCUUCUGGACCUCCUGGAGCUGGAGAUGCGAGCUCGAGCUAUCAGAGCACUGAUUCGUAAGGAAGAGGACAUCAUCCCCAAUGCAGAUUCCGAACAGAGGAUGGCCUCCAACAAGACUGCAUUGAAGACAACUCUAAAUUCAGUUUUAAACGCGAAAAGUAAAACCGUGGGAGAAAGUUCGAGGGCACUCGCAUCAAUAGAGACAUCUGAGACUCUAGUUGAAAAAAUUGGUGAGGACGAGGACGUAGUGCUCCUCGUGAAACCUACUCCGACGAUUGAACUGAUAUCGAGUGACAGUGAAUCAGAGAAUAUAAAUGAGCGAGUGAAUAAGAAACUGGAGAAUGAACGAGCUUCGGAGAAGACUCUCAGGGACACUAUUCCCCCACGUGUUGUUGAAUUGGAGACUGCGAAGAGUGUAGAAAUACAUAAAACACUAGCAAUAACUGAAGAUCUUGGGUCUACGGGGAGUUGUGACCCUCAGUAUGAGAUUAAAGAAGCUGCAGUUGGAUCAAACGAAUCGGCAGAGACGGUAAAGCAAACAUUGAGAAAAUUAAAGAGAAGACGGCAGAUACGAACCAGAAGUGAGCCCCUCUCUGAAUGUCCUGAAGCAACAGAUGUCAUAUUAGAGGUUGCAAAUACGAACAAGGAAUCUGAGUCACUUGAGGAGGGGGAAUUUGAUUCAUCUGAGGAGAUGAAAAUUGAGGGAGGAAAGCAGAGAGCGGAAAAAUCUGGGGAGAAAACUGUUCCUCAGAGUGAUGAUAAAUUGAGGGAGUAUGAGGAAAUAAUAGAUCUGGAUGAUUAUCCUGAUGACAUGUACAAUAUUGAACCGGAGGAGAAUGUCUCUCAGGUUGACGAGAAAUUAAAGAAAAUAGAGGUGUCGAAGGAUAAGACAGCUGAGAAGGGGGGCGAGGGGUCAGCGGAAACAUGGGCAAGUCGUUAUUACCAGACCGACAGUGUUCAGAAUGUAAUUAAAGAAUCUAAAAUUCAAUCGGAGAUAAGAAAACGCCUGCGAGAACGACAGAGGCUAUCCAAAUUGAAUAAUUCACCUAAGGAACCUCUGAAAGUAAACGAGGAUAAUGAUGCGAAAGAUAAAUUCAAACCAACUGGCUCUGUUGACGAGUACUUUGCACUGAAGGGCUCUACUAACAGUGCUGAUAGUAAUUUAUCUCCGUCUCAAAGUAGUGAAACUAAAAACAGUGAUGAAGGUCAAGUUGGUGGGAGGGUGGAAGUUACUGGCGGUAAAGAGGAAGUUAUUGCUCCUUCUGCCUCGUCCUCGUCAUCGAAGAACAUGGCGGAGGAAAAGGUGGGGGAAUCAAUUACUACGAAUCUAAUAAGGGAUGAUCAACUAUAGAUAUAUUUUUCGUUGUGAAAAAAUGGGUACUUUUAUUACAUGUUAAUCGACCCGCUGAUCGUAACGAUUGUGCGCGAAGACGUAAGUGGAUUGUGUUACACGUAAUAUACUUGAAGAACUCAGACUAGAAAGUCACAGUGCAUAAUACGUGGAUCAUUCAUUAUUACUUUCUCAUGGUAAUGGCAGUUUUUUUUUUAAAUGGAAAAUGCAAUGUGUUACGGGGACAAUGGUUUAUAUUCUCGAAGGAAGCAUUACUAAUGUUCUUACAUUUUUGUGACGGUCUGAAUGUGUUGCAAUUUAGUUCACUAGUAAUUAUGUCUAGCAGUAAUCAGAUCUUGGUACUCUUUCCAUUGACAGAUACUUGCUAUGACUUACUAUGAAUCGCCAUGACUUGUCGGAUCGCAACAAUUUAAAAAGACAAUGGCGUGUCCCAUUAGAUUACCUUCACAGCUAUCGUGGCCAACAUAAUUUUCGAAUUUACUGAUAAAAAAAUUAUCUCCGAGAGGGGAUUUCUAGGGUUAAUAAAUUUUCUCGCUUGAACAAUGCCAGAGGAGUUCUGAUAUCUCUUCGUUUACGGCCUAAAUCGUUCACAAUUGGAAUUUGCCAUACCUCGUUGGCCGUUCUCUAUCAGCGAACGUUCCAAUGUCUUGGCAAUACUGCGAUGCCAGAUAUCGGUGAUGAUGUUGGCUACCUUUUCGAAUAAUCCUGACCACGGUCCGAAACCCGUGAGGCUUACUUUGAUGUCUCCAAUUUUAACGAUUUUAAUUUUCUCGAUUUUUUGAACGCAGGGCCUUUGUGAAUAAUCGACAGAUACCGCGGUGUCCAAUUUGAUUCCAUCAACAGUCACAUUGAGUUGACCAUUUACAUUAACAAGAUUUUGUUUUGAUACAUUAUCAUCAUUGUUGGCAGCAUUUUUAAGGUUUCGAACAGUUGACCGUUGAGGAGUAAAUUUGUAUUGCGGAAAUUCCAAUUCUAUAAGUGGUAGUUUAAAACCCAUUGUGAGCUUGAAUUUUUCGCCAAUUUUCGUCAUAUUUAGAUCGGUAUAUCUACGGAGUUUCGUCAGGCCACUGCAAUAAUAAGACGUAUAAUAAUACAAUUAACGGGGAAAUUAAUGAAUUAUUCGUGAAUGAGAUUAUUCUCACCGAAACUUUCCACCCCUUAUCUCCAGAGUGUAGAUACCAGAUGAACCUCUGUGUGUAAUGUUUGGCAAAAUCAGUGCACCAUCCUUAUCCAGAGCAUUGCUCACCGUGUUGUUUAGGACUAAAUCAAUAAUUUUAUUUGUGAAGUCCUAAAAUGUUAGAUUUUGUUAUUUAAAGCAUUAUCUUCGUGGGUUAUAUGAGAUAUAGAUAUUCAAAGUCUUAUCAAAUGACCUGAAAUGGCCCGAAAUCGAGUCUAACCCCGUGCUCGUCAGGUUUUAUUUCCGUCAAGGAAGCAGGCUUUCCGGGGGGUAAGCAAAAUUUCCUGUUGUUUGAAUCUUGGACUGAUUUUUUUAAAUCGAUUCGCUCAAAAUCCUUGCAAACGUGGUACUCGAGACAUGUUUCUGCGAAUCUUCUAAUAUUGUUCCUCGCAAUUACAGAAGUAGAUAAUCUAAGGAAAGAGGCCAGGAAAAAUGAAAUUUCAAUCUUCCAGAAUGUAUCACGGUUUCGAAAACUGUUCCUUUCAUCUUGUACAUAAAAUAUUUCUUAUGGACUUACAAUUUCGAUCUUAAAUUACGUCUCAUGGUCUUGUUCCAGAUAAUUGCUAGUCAAUUUUUUUUAUCAGAAUUUAUUUUUUCUUGUCAUGAUCACGUUAACGUUUCGACGGAUAAUGUAAAAAUUGAGGCUUACCGUUCUGCGUCAGGAAGCAGCAAAAUUAAUCGGCAAUCGGAAAUUACGUGGGUAAUAUUAUCGAGCGGUUCUAGUCGUGCACUUCCCGUUAAUAUUUCGUUGAAAGAGGCUUUGAAUUUUUCACGCUUUGAGUAGUUUUCCACAGGGCCAACGUCUUUUGCGUAGAAACCUUCAUUACAGCUACAUUAGUAUAUCUUUUUAUCACAUUACGCUGAUGUGUACUUACCCGCCAUGUUGACGGUCACAUCCUUUCCCCAAAAAGUAAUGAAUCCCUUCUCUUCAUGUCCAUAUAACUUCAGAUGAUCGUAAUCUAGGUCCACUUCAAGUUGGACAUUAGAAAUAUUCCUCGUAGAAUUUGAAUACCGGUCCAAAGUAAAGUUACCAUGCCAUUUGCAUUCUGGAAUUACAAUCAAUUCUAUGUUCAAUCUGCGAUAAUAAAAAUCAAUAACAAAUCAGAAA